AUGAUACACUUUGAACAAGUAUUUGUCUUUGCGAACGUCGCAAACUUCCGCAUACCCAGACCCCCUUACACGAUGGCGCAGACGGACCGUGAGGCGCUGGUUGCCCUAUACACCGCGAUCGGUGGGGCGAAGUGGAGGAAUAAUCGAAACUGGAACACUAGUGCCGCCCUCUCGCAAUGGCACGGAGUCGAAGUCAACUCCCAGGGCCGCGUGGUGAAUCUAUUUCUGUGGGACAACAACCUCCAAGGACGAAUCCCGACGGAGCUAGGGAACCUACACAUGCUGGAUACGCUUUGGCUUGCCAACAACAAGCUUUCUGGCACCAUCCCGGCGGAGCUGAGAAACCUAACCGCGCUCCAAACCCUAUCCCUCAACGUGAACGAGCUGAGCGGCCCCAUCCCGUCGGAGCUCGGGAACCUCGCAGCACUGCGACACCUCGACCUUGGUGCCAACUUGCUAAGCGGUGCGAUCCCGGCGCAUCUCGGCGCUCUCAAAAAGCUCACGUGGCUCAACCUGUCCGUCAACCAGCUCAGCGGGGCCAUCCCGCCGCAGCUGGGAAAGCUCGCAGCGCUGCGACGGCUCAACCUUCGGGGUAAUCAGCUAUCCGGGUCGAGCUCCUACAGUGCCGAAAGGUGCCCCAGCUCGGAUGGUAUGGGGUCUACAAGCGGACGGACGGAACGAGUAACUGAGCAGGACAAAAAAUAA